AUGGCCGAGGGACGGCCUGCCGCAAAGCCGAUAAAUAAGAGCCAUAUCACGACGAGUGAGGUGCGCUCAGAGCGGACGAAUGUGAUUACCAGGGAGAAGAUCCAGACCAAACGACCAGGCAAGGAGAACGUUACGCCUGGUAGUCCGAGAGACUGGGAUAAGUCUCGCAUGAAGAAGGACCAUCACAGAAGCGGUUCGGUAGCAAUGGCGUCAGAUAAGCCUCAAGUUGAAGUACCAUGGAACCCAACAGUGUCACUUGUUCCUCACUCCGCCGCGCCCCUUGCCUGCCGGGUUUCCGUUCCGCCACUAUUUUCAGAGGUACCGCAGUCGUUACGCCCCGGAUCUCUGCGAGAUAUGUCCCUAGACGGCCAAGAAGCCGCAAUUCUACAAGACCUACUAUUUGUGUUUAUGGGCGCAAUGGAAGCAUUUGUAGAAGUGCAGAGCAGAUCGGAACUUGGCGCAGUCAACCAUGCUCUAUGUGCAGCAAUACGGAAGCUUCUAAAGGAUUAUCUGAUUAUGGUUGCCCAAUUGGAGACCCAGUAUAUCAACAACCCGAAUUUUACACUACACGUCAUGCACCUCCAUACGAUGCCUACGAGCCAGACGCUAGCCCAGCUUUAUUCCCUAGGACAGGAACUUUUAAAGAAAAACUCGCUAUUGGCGCAAGAUCCGGAUGAGUCAAUCGACGAUUUCGAUGAUGUUGAUAAUAUCCUAGAACAAUUACGAGAGGGAGGGGAAUUGGCUCCUGGGAGUAUGUCUAGCAAGAAGCUCUGCAAGGGUGGAAAUGUGCUGGGCCUUAUCAGCCAACGUCUCGCAACAUUUUCAGGUGAUCCCGCAACGGGAGUACUGCUGCAAACCUUGCUACGGGAGGCCAGUCGACCUUAUAUGACCAUGUUGAAUGAGUGGCUACACCACGGUGGGAUUAGAGAUCCGCACGCCGAGUUUCUUAUCAAGGAGCAAAAGGGUAUCAAACGUGAUAAGCUUGAGGAAGACUAUACCGACGAGUACUGGGAAAAACGAUACACAAUUCGUGAUAACGAGGUCCCUCCACAGCUGGAUGCCGUUAGAGACAAGGUCCUAUUGGCAGGCAAAUACCUAAACGUUGUCAGAGAGUGCGGAGGUGUUGACAUUAGCAAGGAGGUGAAAGACGUUCCCAAAACGUUUGAUGAUCCUCGUUUCCUCGACAACAUAAAUGGAGCGUAUGCGCACGCAAAUGCAUCCCUUUUGAACCUUCUAUUAACCAAGAAUUCUCUUACCACCCGAUUCCGCUCGUUAAAACAUUACUUCUUCCUUGACCGCUCCGAUUUCUUUUCAUACUUCCUUGAACUUGGUACCUCCGAACUUCGGAAGCCAGCCAAACAUGUCAACGAAGGGAAGCUCCAAUCUCUUCUUGAUAUAGUGUUGCGACAACCUGGCAGCAUUGCCGCUCAGGACCCCUUCAAGGAAGACGUGAAGGUUAGAAUGAAUCAAAUGGGGCUGACAAAAUGGCUGAUGCGUGUUGUGAGUGUUUCCGGAAUUGACCAGGAUAACCCUGACGGGGGCGUGGAAAAAUAUCAAACUCCUGCGCCUCAGACUUCUGAGAACGAUAAAGAUAUUAUUGGAUUCGAUGCCCUCGAGCUUGAUUACCUAGUACCGUUUCCGCUCUCGCUUGUGAUCAGCCGCAAAACAGUCCUCCGCUAUCAGCUGGUGUUCCGACACCUUUUAUCCUUACGCCAUCUCGAGACGCUACUCGUUAACUCGUGGCAAGACCACAAGGUCAUGGAGCCCAACUGGCAGAUAUUAAUGAACAGAGUAAAUGGUGAUGGCACAGAGGCGACGGAAGUGACAGUAAAUGGAACGAAGCAAGUCAACAGGACUGUGGAUGAAUUAAUGCAAGACCACGUCGAUUUUCUCGACACCUGUCUUAAGGAGUGUAUGCUCACACAGGGAAAACUCUUGAAGAUCCACUCUAAACUUAUGACAUGCUGUACGAUGUUUGCAUCCUGGUCUGCGUCGUCGUUGUCUCGCAGUCUCGCAUCGGCGGACCCAGAUUUGUCUGGCCCUAUGGAUUCCUCGAAGAGCUACGAUCCUCUCAGACUUGCCAAGCUUGAAGACACUCUCAAACGAUACGAGGAUCACUUCAGCCGACACUUGAGGAUUCUAAUGGAUAGUCUUAACUAUUUUGCUGCCACAGAAAGUGUAGUGUUAUUGAAACUAGCACACUCAUUGAGCGCAAUUGGGAAGGAGGAAUGA